UCUUGCUGUGGAAGCAAAAUUACUUUUUUUCUACCUUUUUGAAAGAUCUUUCCUUUUGAUGCCAGUUUUCUUCCUUAUUUAUACAAGUUCAACAAUUCAGAAGGAGAAGGCAAUAGUAAGGGUUUCAAAAUGGCAGAGAAAUUUGAAAGUCUCAUGAACAUUCAUGGUUUUGAUCUGGGCUCUAGGUAUAUGGACUUAAAACCAUUGGGUUGUGGAGGCAAUGGCUUGGUUUUCUCUGCUGUAGACAAUGACUGUGACAAAAGAGUAGCCACCAAGAAAACUGUCCUUACUGAUCCCCAGAGUGUCAAACAUGCUCUACGGGAAAUCAAAAUUAUUGGAAGACUUGACCAUGAUAACAUUGUGAAGGUGUUUGAAAUUCUUGGUCCUAGUGGAAGCCAGUUAACAGAUGAUGUGGGGCUUACCGAACUGAACAGUGUUUACAUUGUUCAGGAGUACAUGGAGACAGACUUGGCUAAUGUGCUGGAGCAGGGCCCAUUACUGGAAGAGCAUGCCAGGCUUUUCAUGUAUCAGCUGCUACGUGGGCUCAAAUAUAUUCACUCAGCAAACGUACUGCACAGAGAUCUCAAACCAGCUAAUCUUUUCAUUAAUACUGAAGACUUGGUGCUGAAGAUAGGCAUAGGUGACUUUGGUCUUGCAUGGAUCAUGGAUCCCCAUUAUUCCCAUAAGGGUCAUCUUUCUGAAGGACUGGUUACUAAAUGGUACAGAUCUCCAGGUCUUUUACUUUCUCCUAAUAAUUAUACUAAAGCCAUUGACAUGUGGGCUGCAGGCUGCAUCUUUGCUGAAAUACUGACUGGUAAAACUCUCUUUGCAGGUGCCCAUGAACUUGAACAGAUGCAGCUGAUUUUAGAAUCUAUUCCUGUCGUACAUGAGGAAGGUCGUCAGGAGCUGCUCAGCGUAAUUCCAGUUUACAUUAGAAAUGACAUGACUGAGCCACACAAACCUUUAACUCAGCUGCUUCCGGGAAUUAGUCGAGAAGCACUGGAUUUCCUGGGACAAACUUUGACAUUUAGCCCCAUGGAUCGGUUGACAGCAGAAGAAGCACUUUCCCAUCCUUACAUGAGCAUUUAUUCUUUUCCAAUGGAUAUGCCAAUUUCAAGUCAUCCUUUUCAUAUUGAAGAUGAAGUUGAUGAUAUUUUGCUUAUGGAUGAAACUCAUAGUCACAUUUAUAACUGGGAAAGGUACCAUGAUUGUCAAUUUUCAGACCAUGAUUGGCCUAUACAUAACAACUUUGAUAUUGAUGAAGUUCAGCUUGACCCAAGAGCUCUGUGCCAUGUCACUCAUGAAGAAGAAGUACAAGUCGAUCCUUGAAAAUAUUUGGAUGGAGAUCGUGAAAAGUAUUUGAAGGAUCCUGCUUUUGACACCAGUUACUCUACUGAGCCUUGUUGGCAAUACUCAGAUCAUCAUGAAAACAAAUAUUGUGAUCUGGAGUGUAGCCAUACUUGUAACUACAAAACAAGGUCAUCAUCAUAUUUAGAUAACUUA